CAAUGGCUAUUGCACCAUCUAAAAGCGGGAUUUUAAGUGAAAUUUAUGUCCUGAUUUUGACGCCGCAGAGCACGAUUGUUUCAUUCGUUGUCGUUAAAAAAUGAUUGGUGAAAACUACGACAAUGCUACUGAUCUUCAGCCAAAACAUCACCUCUGCGUCAUUAGUGGGAUUGCAAAAGCUGAUAGCAGUGGUAGUGUGAUUUAUGGUAUGAAUUUGAGCAAAGACAGAGAAGAUGAACGCAUCGAAGGCCAACCGUUUCUACUCCACCAGGAGAACGGCCGAUACAUUUGGCCUAACGAAAGAAUUGCCGCUGAAAAACUUAAGCAGAGAUCUAUUGUGAAGUAUCAGGUGUUCGGAGAUAUUUUUACAUAUGUUGAACGUACUAAACGGUCUAUGGUAAGUUUGAUUCCACUAUGAUUCAUCUGUCAAAAUAUCUGGGGUCAUCCUCGAUGAAAAAACCUGUGAAGUUUUCCUAAAUUGUUGGAUGACACAAAGUAAAAAGGGGUGCAAAAAAUAUAAAUGAUAUUCCUUGGCUCUAGUGUGUUGACUUCUCACUGGCUUCUUUGUAUUACUUGUUUUACAUCUUUUGUGAGUUUCACAGAUGUUUACUCCGAGUAUGUAUCGAAAGGUGAGAAAAAUGAUGCGAACGUUUUCCCGACCCCCCCAAUCACCCCCGCGCGCUCUUGUGGAAAUUCCCACCCCGAGCCAAGCAUGGAUAAUAGAUCCAUCGGCCAAGGUAGGGAUUUCACUUUGACUUUAACUGAUAAGUGCAGUACAGUUCAACCUCUCUACAACGGUCAUGUUGAGGACAAAAGAGUGGCCAUUAGCAGAGGUUCGACUGCAUUGCUUUAAUAUUUCUUACCAUAUAUCUGAUAUAUAAGUUCCAACUGAGGUGAUCGAGAGAGCAUGCCUGUCUCUCCUCUCUCCCCUUCCCUCAUUUAUAUUUUUUGCACCCCUUUUUACUUUGUGCCAUCCAAACUAUUUGAACACCUGGAACAGGCUAAUACGUUUGUUACAACUUUUACUUCAAAGUUAAUUGUAAAGGAAAUUUUAAUAUGAAUGUUAUUGAUUGGGGACUACAUGUAUGAAAAAAACGUAGCUCAAAAAUCUGGGAUUUUUCAACAUGUUAAGGACUUUAUUACUCAAUGUUUCUAUCUUUAUUUUUUACAGAAAUUAAUGCAAAUUCAAAUGGCACUGGAUUAUGGUGAGAAUGUGUUUAAAAGCAUAAAAGAAGUGCAUCCUGAUGUCUGUUUAGGCAAACUAAAAGGAAUGUACCUGGAAAGAAAACCUGAAAAUGCUAAGCCUUUUCUGGUCAGCCUAAAGUCGGGGUUUAUAAAGAAUGAACGGAUUUAUUUUCGGACAAAAGGAGAUGACCAUCUUAUAGAUUUGAAGCUCAAUUGUCGAGAGAACCUAACAUUAUCCACAGCACGUGUUGAUCUUCAAAUAAGGAAGUUACAGGACGAUGGUGAUGUGGGAGAUCUCGCGUUGAUAAAAUUUGGAACAACGGAUGUCUCUCUGAGGCAGCCUAUCUACCCUGCUGUGUGCGAGGCCUUGAUUUUAAGUAAGUUUUUCAUCUUGUUUAUUGUAUACUGCACUGAUCGUAUUUUGUUUUAGUAAUAAUUCUUAAUUACCACCCCAAGGGUGGUGAAAAGUAAGUUUUAGACUUUCAGGAGUUUCAAUAAGCAAUGACGACUGAUGAAAUGUGUCAGUUAUUUUGCUCAGCGAAGUCAGCUACCCCGAAAGAAGAGGCAACUAGUGCCUACAAUGUCGUAAACAAAAAACAUGUCAUAAAAUCUUAAUAAAAACGUAAAGGCCCACUGGUUUUGAUUUAUGCUUUAGUUGUGCAAAUGCUGUAUUUCAGUCAAUUCUUCACACCUCUCUAUGGAGGUUUACACAGAAUUUGCUCUCACUCAAAUGUACGUUUGUUCAUUGUAAGUUGUGUGGCUGAUAAAUAAUAUUGGAACCUGAAUGAAAGUUACAUUUUCUUAAAUGAACAAGAUGCCCAAAGUCGUUCCCAUAGGAUGCAUUGGUCUAUGGAAGCAUAAUGGCGUUCUAUCUGAAUUUGGAAAAAUUAGUGAAAUUGGAAAGAUGUUUCAUGUUAUGAGUAUCAAUGAGUAGGUUACCUGUGUGGGUUGGUUUAAUGUGCUUAUGACUGAAUUUAUAGUUGUCAGUGGUCACAAGGAUGGAGUUUACCUUGUUCUGAUCUAUCGCCAUGUAGUUAUUUUCGUUGCGUGAUUUGGAUAAGAAAAAGAAGCCAGUGAUUUUUGCAUCAAAACAAGGCUUACCCGUGUACCUUAAAUUGGAAUGUUCAUGGAAACAAGUAAUUAAUGGAGAACAUAAUGCUUUUAUUAACCUAACAGGAACUUAAUAUGUAUAAAGAUACGUCAUGUCUUGGUAGUAAGUCACCACAGGUAACUUUUUCAAAGAGAAAUAAACAUUGCAGUUUUAGGUUAAUGGAACAAAACAAAACAUCCGCUUGCUCUAUCCAAGGUUACAAAGUUCGAUGAAGUUUGAUAAUCCAAGAUGAAAGUUUAAUAUUCCAAGACGUUCUUGAUCCGGUUAAAAAUUAAUUGCAAUGUGUUUCCAAGGUCUCAAAGUUAACACAGUUUGUAUGUGUAAUCAAAUGGUGACGAGUGAAAUUAUUGGGAUUUGGACAAAAUGCAAGUGAAAUUAUUCCCUAAUUUCACGAGUAUACCAUUUGAUUACCUAUUAAUAUCAUGGGUGACGAAUUACAUUAGCAAUCUUGGAUUUUUGAAAUGUUUAUCCUGGAUUGUAUCGAUCAAGAACUUCACUCUCUCAAAUGUUUAGACCUUAAAUUUGGCUUAUAAAGUUCAGAAUUUUUCAGACUUUUUCGGCAAAAUACCUGUAAGAAUCCUUCUUGAUGUUCUCUUGUGUGUUCAGGUUUUCUAAACCAUCUUUUUGUGCCCUGACAUCUUCAUUCACGGCAUUUUAAAACUUUGUCGCCAUCUUGACACUGAGACGUACGGAAGGGUUGCCAUGGCAAUUUUGUAAUUUCACAUGUGAAAUUACAAAUUAACGCUGAAAUUUCGCGCCAAAAAUAAGGAGUAAUUCAUCACCUAUGAUAUUACAGUGGUUAUCCAUGAUUCCAAGGUACGGUAUAACAAAUUCUCUAAGGUCCAGAUCCGUGUCCCAUCCAGAAGUCUAAUCCAUGUCAAAAGCAAGUCGUCAAACGACGAAGACAAUAUUUUUGCAAUUUCACCGCCAAUCGUCAAGGGUACGAGUUGAAAUUUAUGCGAUUUAACCUCCCAUCAUCAAGGUGUUUUCAAUAAGAAAAGAAAAAACUGAACUCUAGCUCUGCUCAGCCAAAAAUGGCAAACUCCGACUAGAAAAAUCUAUCCGAAAUCACGUCCCUCCAACCAGACGCUACUAAAACCUUUAGACUUUAGAAAUUUAGACCUAAACAAAAAAGAAUCAUGAAGGGAAAAAACCCAAAAUAAAAAAAUAGUAAUUCGGCCUAGGUCGCCUCCCUUGACUUGCCAGUAUUCCGAAGGAUUUUACUGGUUAACAAACCAUCCUAAACCCCGAGUGGGAAAACUGACAAACGACAAAUUUGACAAGGAUGUUCUCAAACGUUCUUCAGAGGAAGCAAAUCGAUUAAAAAUCGAUAAAGAUUUUGUACAAUCCCACUGGUCGCCUUGGAAGAAGAAAUAAUCGUUAAAGAUUUUACGAAAUCCUGUUGGCUGGCUUUGCAAUUUGUUUGUACAAUGAAAAACAAACCAAACCGGAUUUUUACCGUGGUGUGCCACAGGCAUGCCACGGAAAAAUGCACACUUUUGUACUCAAUUUAGUCCCCAGAACGUUGGAAAUCGCAUUUUAGGGCUUUGAAAUUUCAAAAUUUUCUGAGGGAGCAUGCCCCCAGACCCCCCUUGAGGCACAGGUUUACUGGCCUCUUGUCAAUACAGUCGGGUACUCUAUUCAAACCUGCUGGCUACUUCAGUUAUUAUUGAAACCCCUGGACUUUUUUUUCUAACUAUAUAAGGUAAACACUCAGGGAAACCAUGACACCGUAUACUGCUUGUGAUCUUGUCGGUUUUACAGUGAUGGAUUUUUUAUCCAACUGUAUGAAAGUACUGCUAUGGCUUUAGCUUGCUCUUUUGUUUUUUUCCUUUCAAAGUUUAUAUGGUCAUAAAAGGUGAAAUCUGACAUGAGCUACCUUAACCUUUCAAAUGCGUUUGGCAGUUUUGAUACUUUUUACAACCCUUAAUUUACAAGCUCUAAAUCUCUGCAAAACAGCUUGCUUAUUAUUAAACAAAUUACAGCUGUAGCUUGUAAAAGGCACAAAGAUAUUUUUCUCACACUUUUUCUCAUAGUUACAUCUGCCUAAUAACAGGCUUUAAGAAUUAAUUAAUAAAAAAGCUUCACCUUCCUUGCAAGUCCUAACUAGGGCACAUUACUGGUUUGGCAAAUCACAACGUCUUUUGCAUGUAAUUUUACAGUAGUUGUUCUGUUUGUUUGAUCAUCAUUACAUCAAGAACAAAAACCAAUCAUCUUUUCCUGAUUAGUUGUUAACAGUCUAUCCAAUAAGAUUUAUGGUUUGUUACCUAAAAAGUGCAACAGGCCAACUUAUAAUUAUUUAAGGAGACAGAAGAUUUUCAACCUACACAAAACUAAAACAAAGAGAUUUGCAUACACUUUUAUCAACAAGAGUAGCUCUAUGGCAAUGUAUUUUUGACUUGCAGUUUACAUUUUAAAAUUUUUAAUUAUUACAUAGUGAUUCGUAAUGUAUUAUAUUUUCUCUUUUUUCUUAGCUUAAGAUAUUUUUAGAUUUGUAAAGUUCGCAAUUCACUUUGUUCUGCAAAGUGAAACCCAGUCUAUCUAUCUCUAUCUCUAAGAUUUCAUCGUACUAUUUUUUAUUCAGAAUUCAAGCCAAAUGUAAUAUCUACUGAUGAAGAAGAGGUGGAGAUAAAGAUUGGGGAAGAACAGAGUGUAAUUGUGCCUGGAGUCGUGAAGUUCGACACAGGUAAUGAUGGACCAACCACCAUGUCGCGUGUCCUUAUGGAAAAACUAGGUCUUGAACCAGAUCGAAGCAAAAAGUUACGCGCGGGCCCUGGAAUAGGAGGUAACUUCGUGGACUGCUUCAAGGUGAAGAUCUGUCUUUACAUCAGAAAGCGUUGGUGGGAAGUUGAUGCUUUUGUUGGUGCUGGUGCCUUGGACCCAGUUGCACCUGGGACUGACCUGUUGAUUGGGGAGGACAUAAUAAGUCAUCUUGUUGAAGAAGGUUUCUCCAUUGGACAUUAGAAUGGCUUUAGUUGUGAUGCCAACCCUACAUGAACAACUAUCAAAUACAUGUAGCAUUCCUCUGAAAGUAAAAUGGAUUAGAUUAAUAUGUAUAGUUAUCAGUUAACUUUCACUUUGAAGGAUUUAUAAUCAUCACAAGCUUUUUGUUUUUUGGUUUGGUGUUUAGCUUGUAACAAUAAUCCUUAAGCAGCAUUUUAAACCAGUUACAGCAGCAUUGUAUGUAGCUAAAUGUAAUUUAGGCAAAGUUAACCUCGAAGCAAUGCUGGUCAGCAGUUUCCCCAGCUAUAGUUGGGGUGGCCCGAUGCCUCUAGCAGGGACACCUCGUGACUUAUAUACGCAGUUGCUUGCUUGCAGUUCUUCGCAAAGUGUUGUUGCAAUUGCUUGUUGUUUGCGUGCCAGUUUGUGCUUUGGUUUUUCCCAUCCCUCCCUCCCUCUUGGUGGGGGCUAGGUAAGUAUUGGGUCGGUAAGUAUUCCACUGAAUUGUUCAGUGUGACGGUUCCUGGUGGGGGCCGCUCGCAGGGUUGCCAUGGAUACCUCCUCUUCAUGCUAGAGCAUUGCCCGGCUCCACCAACUCUGUAGGCACCAACGCCCAAGCUCAUCUAUUGGUGAUGAGUUUAAGUAACAUUUCUACCACUUUCCUGAAACAAGAGGCUGAUUUCUUUAAUUGAUACAGUCAAACCUGUCAGCACCUACUGAAUUACACUAGCUGCCACAAUUUGGUGCUUGUUUUUAAAAGAAGCCAUUGUACAAUGUAGUUCUUGAAAUGGUAAAACUGUCUUGUUCUCGAUGGCAUUGGGUGGUUGGCUGUAUAAGAUAUCCUAAUUCAGCCUUUCGUUUUGAAAAAUUGGUUAAAUUUAAUUAAGAAAUUAAAGAAAGUAAAAAUGAAUGUAUUUCAAUAAUUGUUAUUGCUUUGAAUAGUGGGUAGUUGUAAGGGUUGAUGGCUAUCAUUUUUUAAAAGGGAAAAACUUUUUCC